AUGGCGGGGGAGCGGGGGGGCUGCAGGGAGCAAGGUGCAAGAAAAAGGGGGAGGGAAGCAGAUCCUCUCCUUCAAGCCAUGCCUGGCUCCUGUGGUCCAGAGUUUGCCGUCCCAUCAGUUGCCUCCACCCCAAGAGUUGGCUUUGGAUCUGCCAAUGUUGGCUGGAGAGGUGUCGGCUGUGGAUAUGAUGGUCUGGGCUUAGCUCAUGGUUAUGGUCUUGGCUAUGGAUAUGGAGGUCUGGGCUUAGCUCAUGGUUAUGGUCUCGGCUCCGGGUAUGGAGGUCUGGGCUUAGCUCAUGGUUAUGGUCUCGGCUAUGGUUACGGUCCUGCCGUGGCUGAAACUUCUGGCAGCCUUGGCACCCUGGCUGGAGUCGCCCCUUCCUGCAUCAACCAGAUCCCACCUGCAGAAGUUGUGGUCCAGCCACCACCCAGCGUUGUGACCAUCCCAGGACCCAUCCUCUCUGCCACUGGUGAACCAGUUUCUGUGGGAGGAAAUACUCCAUGUGCCGUUAGCGGUACUGGGGUAGCAGGAGCAGGUUUCUAUGGGGCUGGGCUGGGAGGCCUUUAUGGAGGCCUUUAUGGAGGCUGGGGCUCCCGUUUGGGCCAGAGGAGGGGUUCACUGAUUGGAAGAAGGAUUCUACCCGGACGUCGUGGCAGCAUUUGCUAUUGAACCUGAACAGAAUCUAUGCGUGGUCCCGGUAAUGGAGAGAAAUUGGAAGAUAAAUCCCAUCUAUGAGAUUGAAAAAUCAAAGCAGGCAGAAAUGUGAUUGAACACAAGGACUUUUGCAUGAACAGUGGUCAUUUAUAGCUAUCUCCUAAAACACUUCGGUUUUUUGCAUGCUCCAAGGCCAAGAGAGAAAUCCCCCUGUCUAAAUUAUUGAUCUUGCUCACUUUCUGAUCCUGGUAUAA